AUGGGCUCUCCAGACACCACUGUAAAUGAACAGCCUGAAGCCAGAUCCCCAAUCCAUACCAGGUUGCGGCUACGCAGGGCUCAAUUGGAGGAGGGAGAAAGAGGAGAAGGGCAAUGGUCUUCACAAUUGUACCCCUUGAGAAUUGUAGGGGGGCAGGUCCAGUAUUGGCCUUUCUCUGCCUCUGAUUUGUAUAAUUGGAAAACUCAUAACCCUCCUUUCUCCCAAGACCCCCAAGCAUUAACAGGUCUCAUCGAGUCCAUCUUGUUGACGCACCAGCCGACUUGGGAUGAUUGUCAGCAGCUGUUACAGACUCUACUGACCACAGAAGAAGUCCAACGGGUGCUGAUGGAGGCCAGAAAGAAUGUUCUUCGGGCUGAUGGGCAGCCCACCCAACUUCCAAACGAAAUUGAUGAAGUGUUCCCCCUUGUCCAACCUAAUUGGGACUUCGACACUCCAAAUGGUAGGGAGCGUCUCCGUCUUUAUCGCCAGACUCUGUUGGCAGGUCUCAAGGGUGCCGGAAGGCGACCCACUAAUUUGGCUAAGAUAAGAACAGUUCUACAGGGAGCUGGGGAGACUCCCGCGGGAUUCUUAGAAAGACUAAUGGAAGCAUACCGCAUGUAUACACCGUUUGAUCCGGCAAGUGAAGAUAGGCAGGGGGAAGUGAUUAUGGCUUUCAUAGGACAGUCGGCACCAGACAUUCGAAAUAAGUUACAAAGACUAGAAGGAUUGCAGAAUUAUAGCUUGCAGGACUUAGUAAAAGAGGCAGAUAAAAUUUUCAAUAAGAGAGAGACUCCGGAAGAGAGAGAAGAGAGACUAAGAAAGAUGCAGGAAGAAAGAGAGGAUAAGAGAGAUAAGCGACGGAAUAAAGAACUGAGCCGUAUCUUGGCCACUGUAGUUCAUAACAAGCAAAUAACAUCCCAGGGAACUGAGAUAGGGAGACAGUUUAAGGAACAGGGAGGUGAGCGGCGAAACCGUUUAGGGAAAGAUCAAUGUGCUUACUGUAAAGAAAACGGCCAUUGGGCAAAGGAUUGUCCCAACAAUCCUAGAAACAAGAAAAGGCAGACCUCAGUUUUGACUUUAAAAGACUAGGCCAGUCGGGGCCAGGAGCCUCCCCCUGAGCCCAGGCUAACUCUGUCUGUGGGAGGCAAGCCCACCACGUUUCUAGUAGACACCGGGGCUCAACAUUCAGUUUUGACAACUACUGAUGGACCUAUGAGCCAGAAGACCUCGUGGGUACAGGGAGCCACAGGAGGACGCGCGUACCGGUGGACGACUGAUCGGCGGGUCGACUUAGCUACAGGUACUGUCACUCACUCCUUUUUACAUGUGCCUGAUUGUCCCUACCCCCUAUUGGGACGAGAUCUUCUGACAAAACUGGGAGCACAAAUCAACUUUAAAGACCAAGAAAUAACAGUGACUGGGCCUCAAGGGAAAUCCCUGUGCAUCUUAACCCUAAAAUUAGAAAAUGAAUACAAACUACAUGAGGCCAUUAGAAAAACUGAAACUAACAAAGAGGGAACCCCACCUUACAUGGAGAGAUGGAUGACUGAAUUCCCAGAUGCAUGAGCAGAGACGGGUGGCAUGGGAUUGUCAGUGCAACAGCCACCAGUACACGUACAACUAAAGGCUACUGCAGGGCCCGUGGCUAUCAGACAAUAUCCCAUGUCAAGGAAAGCCUUUGAGGGCAUUCGCCCCCACAUCCACAGACUACUAAAACUGGGAAUUCUCAUUCCUUGCCGGUCACCGUGGAACACUCCUCUCCUACCAGUGCAGAAGCCGGGGACAAAUGACUAUAGGCCCGUCCAAGACCUAAGAGAAAUAAAUAGUCGUGUAGAAGACAUACAUCCCACUGUGCCAAAUCCUUAUAACCUUCUCAGCUCCUUGCCUCCCUCCCAUGUGUGGUAUAGUGUCCUGGAUUUAAAGGAUGCUUUCUUUUGUUUAAGACUGAGCCCGGCGAGCCAACCUUUAUUUGCUUUUGAAUGGAGAGAUCCGGAACAUGGAGUAAGUGGGCAACUGACUUGGACUCGAUUGCCACAAGGCUUCAAAAAUUCCCCCACCAUCUUUGAUGAGGCCCUACAUCAAGACUUGGUGGCAUUCAGAUUAAAUAACCCCAAUCUGACUCUCCUCCAAUAUGUAGAUGAUCUCUUGCUGGCAGCACCUACCAGAGAGGCCUGCCUAGAAGGGACAAGGGCCCUGUUACGUGAAUUGGGAGCCCUAGGAUAUCGGGCAUCUGCCAAGAAAGCCCAGAUAUGCAGAGAGGAGGUAACCUACCUAGGAUAUGUCAUAAAGGGAGGAAAAAGAUGGUUAACUGAAGCCAGGAAAGCUGCGGUGGCGUCUAUACCAGUCCCAAGGAACUCCCGACAGGUACGUGAGUUUCUGGGAACGGCAGGAUUCUGCCGGCUGUGGAUACCUGGGUUUGCGGAGCUGGCCGCUCCCUUGUACAUGUUAACGAAGGAAAAAAACUCCUUCAUCUGGGGAAAAGAACAACAACGGGCUUUUGAUUGCAUUAAAGAGGCCCUCCUAACGGCACCGGCCCUGGGACUGCCUGAUGUCACAAAACCAUUCACACUGUAUGUGGAUGAGGCCAAAGGAAUUGCAAAAGGAGUAUUGACUCAGUCCCUAGGCCCUUGGAGACGACCGGUUGCCUACCUUUCAAAGAAACUAGAUCCAGUGGCCUCAGGGUGGCCCCCUUGCCUGCGCAUGGUAGCAGCUAUUGCGACCCUGCUCAGGGACGCAAACAAACUAACCCUGGGACAGAAAGUCACAAUAAUAGCUCCACAUGCUGUGGAGUCGGUUGUCCGCCAACCGCCAGACAGGUGGCUUUCAAACGCCCGCAUGACUCACUACCAGGCUUUGCUCUUAGCUCCUGAACGCAUUACUUUUGGACCAGUUGCUACGCUCAAUCCCGCUUCCCUAUUGCCGGAGCCGGGAACGGCCAAGGAUGCCCCCCAUGACUGCUCCCAGAUUCUGGCCGAAGUUCAUGGGACUCGUGAAGAUCUAACUGACCAGCCUCUACCAGAUGCGGAGGUAACCUGGUUCACAGAUGGCAGCAGCUAUGUCACCGAAGGAACUCGGCGGGCAGGAGCAGCAGUGGUGAGUAACAAUGACUCCAUAGUCUGGGCCAGUGCCCUAGAGCCAGGGACGUCGGCCCAGCGAGCUGAACUAAUAGCCCUCACAAAGGCUCUAGAACUGGCGGCGGGAAAAGUAGCAAACAUCUAUACUGACAGUAGGUAUGCUUUUGCUACGGCCCAUGUGCACGGUGAGAUUUAUCGCAGAAGGGGCCUCUUAACUUCAGGAGGACGAGAAAUAAAGAACAAGCAAGAGAUAAUAAACCUCUUGAGGGCACUAUUCCUUCCAAAAAGACUGAGCAUUAUUCAUUGUCCGGGCCACCAAAAAGGAACAGAUCCAGUAACUAGAGGAAAUAGACUGGCAGACCAGACUGCAAAAACUGUUGCCACUGAGCCAAUCUCAGCCCUACCCCUGGAAAUAAACUCAAAAAUGGGACCCGAAGAGACCAGGCAAAACACAGAUGACAUAGUCUGCAACUGGGGAGUUCCAUUUAAAUAUACUGAUAAUGACAGAGCUCUCAUUAAAGAACUCGAAGGGGAGUGGGAUGCUAAGUGCAAAGCAUGGAGAAAAGGAGACAAGGUCAUCCUGCCCUAUCGCAUAGCUACUGAAAUCAUUGAACACCUCCACCGCCUCACUCAUUUGAGCCGGAGAAAAAUGCACGCUCUACUUGCAAAUGAGAAAUGCCCGUUUGUAACUCCUGACCUGCAGUUUCUUACUCAAAUUACAGUGGACCAAUGCAAGCCUUGUGCCCAGGUAAAUGCAGGGCGACUAAAACUCCCCCAAGGAGCCCGUGCCCGAGGACACCGACCGGGAAUACAAUGGGAAAUAGACUUUACUGAAGUAAAACCGGGACUGUAUGGUUAUAAAUAUCUCUUAGUUUUUGUAGACACCUUUUCAGGCUGGGUAGAAGCCUACCCCACGAAGAAUGAAACGGCCACGACAGUCGUUAAAAAACUCCUUGAAGAAAUUUUUCCCCGGUACGGAUUGCCGCAAGUAUUAGGGUCAGAUAACGGUCCCGCUUUCGCCUCCCAGGCGCAUCUCCAGGCUCUCAGAGCAGUGAGAGAGUACAUCUGGAAACCGCUUGCAGAGGCCUACAAGGACAAAGACAUUCCACCGUGCCCUCACCCGUUCAAGGAAGGAGACCAGGUGUAUGUCCGGAGACACCAGGCAAAAACCUUAGAACCACGGUGGAAAGGACCCUUUACUGUCCUACUGACUACUCCAACCGCCCUGAAAGUCGACGGAAUUGCCGCCUGGGUACAUGCCUCCCACGUGAAACACGCCAAGGAUCAGCCAGCAACAGGGACUACAGGGACUGACCAGGAACCAGAAUGGAAACUUCAACGAACCCCAAAUCCUCUAAAGAUAAGACUGACUCGUGCUUAAAAAUGUACUUUUUGACUUUGCUAUCUCUUCCAUGUUCAUUGUCAGAUUAUAACCCACAUACCCCCCAUAAAAUUACCUGGAAAAUCAGUAGUUUGGAAAUAGGAACAGUCAUAAAUAGCACUCAAGUCAUUGGACCGGUUGAUGUUACCUUUCCCAAGUUAUAUUUUGAUCUAUGUGACCUAGUUGGAGGAGCAUGGGAGACUCCCGGUCUCCCUUAUUCAGGAACUAGUAGUCGGAACGCGUAUGGCUGUGAGAAUGUACUGGGACGGUUACACACCAGAGCCAGACCCUUUUACGUUUGUCCGGGGAGUGACCGUAGCAAAGCCAAAAUCAAGCAGUGUAGGGGGGCCGAAGAAGGAUACUGUGCUAGUUGGGGUUGUGAAACUACCGGGACAGUGUAUUGGCUCACUGAAUCAACUGACCUCAUCUCAGUCAAGAGGGAAAAUAUUCCAGGAUAUUCAGGGACAGGGCCCUGGAUUUGCGGCCAGGGUCACUGGAAACAAAACUGCGGACCAUGCUUUGAUAGUGUAACUAGAAGAACGGGGAGCACCCCAGGUGGCAGAUGCAAUCCUUUAGUUAUUUCUUUCACCUCGGCCGGAGAAAAAGCUGACUGGACUAAGACGAGAGUAUGGGGAUUGCGGCUCUACAGAGAAGGGUGGGACGCAUUUACUCUGUUCACUAUCUCCCGCCAAAUAGAGCCCUUAGCCACCCAGUCUA